ACAAGUUAGGUGUUGGGUGUAGUUCAGUGGUGAGGUGGAGCAGUGUGUGUGUAAGUGUGUGUCAGUGUGUGUCCCCUCCUCCUGUCAGAGCAGCAGAGACGCUCCUCAUCAUUGAACAGGCUGACGGGGACGCGGCUCGCUGCGCGCUCUCCAGCCUAACAAAGUGUUGACAAAGUGCGCAGAGUGUGCGGGGAGCCGCUGUGGGAGUGGACCGGGAGUUCUGGGAGUCGAUCAGGAGUUGUGGGAUUCGGACUCGGUCUGGGACUGACUGUGUGUGUCUGUGCUGUUGUCCAGGCAGCAGGAGGACCGGGACAGCCGGAGAUGAUGGCCCAGAGUCCCCGAUGGAAGAGGCGCAAACAGCUCAACCCCCGCAGAAAGAGCGUCCUGAACUAUGACACUGUGUUGGAGACAACCUCAGAGACAGAUGAGGAUGACCAGACACUGCUCCGUGAUGACAGCAGCUUCACAGGAGGAGGAGAGGAUGAAGAGGCAGGCAGUCCAGUUGGUGUCCCGACUCCGGAGGUAUCACCCAGGGUUGGCUACGCCUUGCUGUCCAACAGGAAGCCAGAGGACUCAGAGCACAGGGGGGAGGACGGAUGUAUCGAUGAGCACAGCAGCGAGUACGAGGCUGUGGCAUCUGAGGCAUCUCUGCAGGCAGUGGAAAAUGGUGCAGGGAGACGACUGGACGGCAUCUCCAAGCUAGAUGAGUUCUUCCUGAAACGGAAGCUGGAAGAUGACGACGGUCACCAGGCAACCAUCGCCGAGUACCUGCAGCGCAGCGACACCGCCAUCAUUUACCCGGAAGCCCCGGAGGAUGUAACAAGGCUGAACACGCCUGAGGCUGCUGCUCAGGAUGAGGGCGAACACGACUUGCCUUCCAGUGCUCCAGACGACUUCGCCCAGCUGCUCACCUGUCCGUACUGUGAGCGCGGCUACAAGCGACUGACAUCUUUAAAGGAACACAUCAAGUAUCGACAUGAGAACACUGAAGAGACCUUCACCUGUCUGCUCUGUGCCGAAACCUUCACCCAGCGAUCUCAGCUAGAGCGCCACAUGACCACUCACAAGCCCCCUAUGGACCAGCCACCACUGCUCAGUGAAGGAGCUGCAAACCGCAAGUUCAAGUGCAGCGAGUGUGGAAAAGCCUUCAAGUACAAGCAUCACUUGAAGGAGCAUCUCCGUAUUCACAGCGGUGAAAAGCCGUACGAAUGCUCCAACUGUAAGAAGCGGUUCUCCCACUCGGGAUCCUACAGUUCCCACAUUAGCAGCAAGAAAUGCAUCGGCCUGGUUUCCUUUAACGGACGAGUACGCAAUGGGAACAACAGCAAACCUGGUUCCUCUCCAAACUCCACAACCUCUUCACCUGGAAGUGGGCGACCCCUUGGCCUGCAAGACCAGCAAGGUCAGCUGGACAUAAAAACCGAGCCAAUGGACUUUAAUGAGUACCGGCUGCUAAUGGCCUCGCAGCAUGGGUUUGGGGGACCAGGAAUCUAUCUAAAUGGUCGUAGCGGAAGCCCACUGGGUAUCCAUAGCUCCUCACAAGCCUCAUUUCAACAACUGGGUAGCAUGGGGAUUGAUCUCUCUCUGCUGGGCUACACGGGACCUCUUGGGAGCAGCCUGAGUGAGGUCCAAAAGGUGCUCCAGAUCGUGGGCAACACUGUUUGUAGGCAGAAGAUGGAUGGAAAUCCAGAGGAGUUGUCCAGGCUUAGGGUCUAUAUGAAGGAGCUGGGUGCCCAGAUGGAGGCACAGGCCAGCUUUCAGGUGAUAGGCCACAGUAGUCCUACCAAGAGUAUAAUUGACUACACACUGGAAAAGGUCAAUGAGGCCAAGAACCUGAUCAAUGACUCCAAAAUGCAAAUGGAAGUUAAGAAAGAGAAACCAAACAAAUCAGUUGAUCUCAGCAGUGAAGAAAAGUGGUCUGGUGAACAGAACCAAUUCCUGACAUUUUCCUGUCAAUAUUGCAAGGAAACUUUCCCCGGGCCAAUCCCCCUUCACCAACAUGAGCGCUACUUGUGUAAAAUGAAUGAGGACAUAAAAGCAGUCCUUCAGCAGCCAGAGAGCAGUCCUGUUGGCUGCAGAGGGCCGAGGGCUGAUGAACUGUCCCGAAUUGAGAGGGCAAACAACCCCACCAACCCUUUCAAGGACCACAUGUCAGUGCUGAAGGCCUACUUUGCCAUGAACACUGACCCCAACUCUGAGGAACUGCUUAAGAUUUCCCUUGCUGUCGGCCUUCCUCAAGAGUUUGUGAAGGAGUGGUUUUUACAGUGGAAAAGUCAAAACAACCACAUGGACAGUUUGAGGAAAAAGUUACCCACUCAUGAGCCUGGUGGACCAGACUACAGUUUAAGUCGGUCUCCGGGGUCUCUUCCUGUUAUUGAUUUACACAAUGGCUUUAUUAACAGUGAUGCCUCCCACAAACUUUCAAACAACAAUCAGUUUAUAGCCAACAGGCAGCCAAAGGCGGACAAACCACUAGAUCCUGCGGACCCCUUGAGGAGCAACACUCCAUCUCCCCUAAACCUGUCUUCCACUUCAUCAAAACACUCCCAAAGUAGCUCUUACACUCCAAACAGCCUGACUUCUGAGGAUGCCCAUGGGGAUAUUCCUCUGGAUUUGUCGCUUCCCAAACACAUGGCACAGAAGCGACUAAGGCCCAAUGGUUUUAUCACUGAGCACAACGGCGAGGUUUCAGGACGUGAACAGGGAUCUGGACCUUUAGAGGUUGUCAACAUUAAGAAGGAAGUAUUGGGCUCUGAGAGUAGUGGAAACUCUAUCCAUCAGCUGGAGAAAAGCACCAGUCCAAUUUUUGGGAUUAAUCCCUUUGCUGGUGGUCCUGUGUAUACCUCUUUGCCACCCCAUGGAGCCUUUCCUUCACCCACCUUCAUAAGUGCUGCUCAGGCUACCAUCCCAGGCCUCAGACCCUACCCAGGCCUUGACCCCAUGAGCUUCCUGCCCCACAUGGCCUACACCUAUGCCACAGGGGCUGCAACAUUUGCAGAAAUGCAGCAGAGAAGAAAGUACCAACGAAAGACAGGUUUUCAGGGGGACCUGCUGGACGGGACGGCGGACUAUCUGUCAGGCCUGGACGACCUGACAGACAACGAUUCGCUGCUCUCCAGGAAGAAGAUUAAGAAGACUGAAAGUGGUAUGUACGCGUGUGACUUGUGCGACAAAACAUUCCAGAAGACCAGUUCCCUCCUAAGACACAAAUAUGAGCACACAGGUAAACGUCCACAUCAAUGUCAGAUCUGUAAGAAGGCCUUCAAACACAAACACCACCUCAUCGAGCACUCACGCCUCCACUCAGGGGAGAAACCCUACCAGUGCGACAAGUGUGGCAAGCGUUUCUCCCACUCUGGUUCAUACUCACAGCACAUGAACCAUCGCUACUCCUACUGUAAGAGGGAGGCCGAGGAGCGCGAGGCAGCCGAGAGGGAGACCAAUGUAGGAGCACUGGCUGGAGGUAUGGAGCCCAGCGAACUGCUGAUGAGGAGGGCCUACCUGGAAGGCCUCGGGCCUCUCGGAUACUCCGAUCCAGAGGAACAGCCGGAGGACAGUGGUACCAUCUUUAGAGAUGGAAGAAAGGGAGGAGGAAGACAGGAGGAGGAGGGAGUGGACAAUAAGAUGUAUGAGGAGAUGACAGAUGGACAGGACGCAAGUUUCAGGAACAGAGAGGAGGAGGAGGGUGACAGCAGGAGCCAGAUGGACUCGCUGAUGGAUGAAGGGGGCAAAGACUCAGCACAGCUGAUGGACACUUGUUCACGAGAAGGGAAGACAGACGGCAUGUUGGACUGAUGGAGGAAAGAGAACGGGAAAAAAGAUUUGUUUGUGAGGUUUGUGAGGUCCAGUUUCUGCUUCAUGAUGAAGGCUAAUAGAUGUCUGAUUGGCUGAGAGGAUGUUGGUCAUUGGUCAGAUCUAUAUCCGAGUUAGUGUUAUACAUCAGGCUUCCAUAUAAAGUCAACAGCGAUCCCAUGAGAGUGAGGGUUAUGUGAGACACCUGAUCCCUGUCUGACAUCAGUCAGGCUCCCACUGAGUUAAUCGGUUGUUUUUACAAAAAAGAAUAAGAAAACGUUUUUUUCUCGUUUAUCAUGUUCAGUCUGAAUUAAAAAAAAAAAUUAAGUAUCAUUUUUAAAUUGCCAAUUUUUAGCUUUAAUUAAUUUUUGCAAUUAAAUUAGUUUUUACCAUUAGUGUACGUAUUCCCAUUAUUUAUGACAAUGAUCACAUUUUACAUACAAUUCUGACUCAUAAAAUAUGACCCUUGAUCAAUACCAAAUUAUUAUGAGCAAUCUGUUAAGAAAUAUUAUUAAAUGCCCCUUUAGUUGGUACAAACUGACGCAUGGUCAGUUUAAAGUGUCUGACAGCAGAUAGUUUCUUCUGAUACCAGCAAAGGUUGAGUACACAACAACCAAGCUGGAAAGUUGGGUAAUGGCAAAGAAGGAAAGAAACAUUCUUAGCUUGUUAGCUGAUAGCUUGUUAGCAGUUAGCUUGGUAACUAUUAGCUGGUCAACUGUUAGCUUUUAGCUUGUUAACUGUUAGCUUUUUCCACCAGCCUAUAAAAUGUAAAUUUUCUGCCACAUUAAGGUACUCUACUCAGUGUUAAACCAGAACUUAGAUUUCUGGUUCUGUUGGAAGUGGAAGCUGUAAAAUCUGUCGGAUUGAACUUGAAAAAUUAUGAACAUUUAACAUUGAGAGCUAAAGCGUGAAGUGCCCUGAUGAAGAGGUGUCCAUUUAGCCUGAAUAAGUACGACCCAAGUUUUUGAUCGUUAAAUGUUAAAGUAAGCCAACCCUAACCUUCAGUUUGCAGGAUUACCACUGACCUGAAUCAUGAAGCAGGACCCGCUGGUUUAAAAUCCAUGUUAUGCAAAAUAAGAAGAAAAUAAAAAGUAAUAAUAAUAAUUAUUCUAAUAAACUAAGUGAAGCGCUUGUUAAUGUACAGUAUUAUAAAGGCCUGAAAGCUGUGUGGUGCUCUGAUGUUCCUAACCUCUGUGUCUUGUUGUGUUCGAUAAAACCACUUCAGGAAAUUGCACUUGGCUCCCUGAAUCACUACAAAAUAAUAAAAAAGAAAUAUAAAAAAAAUUUAAAGAGGGAAGCCUGGAACACUCGUUCACAUUAUGUCAGUGUUAAUGUUAUUCUGUCUCCUUUUAAUGUGACGUUUUUAUAUAUAUUUUUAUCCGACUUUAUUAUUUUGCCAACAAAUCACAUGACUCCGGGCCUCUUGAGUUGUUGUUUUUUCUGCAAAGGAAUAGUUAAACCUGUGUGAGUUUUCAGUCUUAAAUCGGAGAGGCAGGAGUGGAAAAUUAAAGGGCUUGUCUGGAAAAAGAGGACGGAGCCUUUUCCUCCAGAGAAAGCCUUAUAUGCAAACCUUUCACCUGUUUCUAAAGUGCCAUUCCUGUGCAGUGACACACCUGUCCUCUCACCCUGUCAGUAUUACUUUAGAUAGGUGCCAUUUGUAGUUUACAACUGUUGGUGCAAUUUCUAUUGUUUUUUUCCAUGACAGUACUUUUUACAGUAUUAAUUUUUGAAUUUACCAACAAUAAUUUCACUUUUUAUUUGAGAAAUUUCCAUUUUAUUUAUGUGCGUCCUUUUAUAUUGCUGUGUUUAUUUAUUUCCUACUGUAGUGUACAGUAUUAGGGUUCCUCACAGAAAUAUAUUUUGGUAAAAUUGUUCCAUCAUCAAAUCUUGGAACAUAAAAGUCGAUCAGGUCGUAUAAUUUUAUUUCAUUUGAAGCUACUGAAAAAAAUCUAAAUUUGGGGAACAUUUGAUACAACAUUUUAUGUGCAAGCACUGUAUUAAUAAGAAUCCACUUUAUUCAUGCCUUUGAAGAGAGGAUGAAGAACUGAUGAUGAAGGAAGUCCAAAAAUGUCUGAAGUAUUAUGGUUUAAUUUUUUAUGUUGGAAUAAAUGUAGCCAAAUUAAAUUUUAAUAAAGCCGUGUUAUUCUUCUUGAA